GCAGCCCCCAGGCCUGUGAGCACCUGACCCUGCACACUGAGAGGAGCCCUGAGCUGAGAUGCAGCCCUGGUGCGUGGGCAUCAGCACCCUCCUGCUCUCAGCCCUGCUUCCCUGGCCAGGCGCAGGGCAAUUCCGUGUGAUAGGCCCAGGUCCACCAAUCAUUGCCUCAGUUGGGAAAGAAGCUGUGCUGCCCUGUCACCUCAGCCCAAUGACAGAUGCUGAGGACAUGCAGGUGACCUGGUACCAGAUUCACCCAUCAGCUCUGGUGCAUCAUUAUGAAGCUUACCAGGAUCAGCUGGACCAGCAGAGCCCAAAGUUCCAAGAGAGAACAGAGUUCAUAAAGGAGAACAUCACCACAGGGCAGGUGGCCCUGAGGAUCUUUCCCAUCCUCCCUGCAGACAAUGGGCAGUACAGAUGCUACUUUGCAAGCUCCACAUUUGAAAAUGAAGCACAAUUCACAGUGUUGGUAACAGCCUCAGGCAGAGCUCCACAGAUUCACAUAGAAUCUGGAGGCACUGGGGAGAUGAAGCUGACCUGCACAUCUCCAGACUGGUACCCAGAGCCUGAGGUGCAAUGGAGGGACCUGCAAGGUCGGCGUUUGACACCAGCCUCUGAGACCAAGACAGCAGCAGAAAAUGGUCUGUUUCAUGUGGAAACAUCUGUCACUGUAGAUACCAGGUCAAGAGAUGUGUCCUGUGUCAUAAGGAACCCAGUCCUCACCGAGGAGAAGGAAGCACACGUUUCUGUGGCAGAUACCGUGUUCCCCAGGAUCUGGCCCUGGAUAGUGGAAUUUGUUGUGUCUCUGUGUCUCGUGGCUGUUGGUACAGCCUUCGGUGUUCUCUUUGUUCAAACUAGAAGAAAAUUAGAUACACUUCCAAGAGAUUAUGAUCUUGCACAGAAAGAAAAUGUGGAAUUGAAUGAAGACAUUCGCCAUUUAGUGAAAGAAAAUGGACUGAAAAAUCUCCGGAGUUAUGCAGAAGACAUAACACUGGAUGAGAGAACUGCUCAUCCUCAUCUAGAAAUAAGAGAGAACAGAAAAUAUGUGAGGGCUACUGCGGAAAAACGAGAUGUUCCUGACAAUCCUGAGCGGUUUGACACUCACAUGGCUGUUCUGGGGAUGAACCGCUUCUCGGCUGGUGACCAUUACUGGGAGGUGGAUGUGGGUUGGAAAGACAGGUGGGAAAUAGGACUGUGUGUGCACUCAGUUACACGGAAAGGAGAAAUCUCUGUUUGUCCUGAAAAUGGGUUCUGGGCACUUUCCCUGGAGAACAAUGAGUACAAGGCACUUUCCACACCCACUUCCAUUCUCAGUAUCCCAGAUCCCCUCAUGGCAGUGGGUAUUUUUCUGCAGUAUGAGAAAGGACUGAUCUCUUUCUACAAUGUGCCAGAUUGUAGCUUUCUUUAUACUUUCAAAACCACUUUCAACAAACCUCUGAAGCCUUAUUUCUACCCUGGCCCUGUUAGUACCGAAAACAUGGGGGCCCUCAUUAUUCCCAAGUGUCAGUGA